UUUCCAAAGCAACCAUAGCCUAUCGAUAUCGUUCGUGCUCGCUAUAUCGAUAAAAUAUCGCAUAUUAUUGCAAAAUUGAGAGCCAUCGAUAGAUAUAUCGAUAUGAGAUCAAUAUCCACCAUCAAUAGCUCAGAGUUGAGCAGGAGCACGGACAUGGGAAAUAAACAAAUAAAACAGCAUCUGGAGACGGCACAGAAGACGGGCGUGCUCAAAAUAUCGUUGCAACGGCUGCAGGAGUUCCCACCGCAGCUAAAGUCAUAUCCCAAUGUGUUGAAGACCCUUGAUUUGUCAGAGAAUCGCUUCGAAAGUGUACCCGAUGAACUGGGUAGGCUAACGAUGCUGAAACACCUCAAUUUGAGUGGCAAUCGACUGUCGGAACUGAACGAGGUGGUCGGAGAGCUGGUGAAACUGGAGGUGCUCCUGCUCAUGAACAAUUUCCUGACAAAGCUACCAAAGUCACUAAACAAUUGCACGCACCUCAAAACCGUGAAUCUGUGCAACAAUCAGCUCAAGGAAUUCCCAACGAUGCUCUGUGGAUUAAAGCAAUUGGAUGUGCUGGACUUGUCGCGAAAUCAGAUUACCGACGUGCCUGCCGAGGUGGGCAACCUUUAUGUAACCGAGCUGAACCUCAAUCAAAACCAAAUCUCAGCCCUGGCCGAAGAAAUUGCUGAUUGCCCCAAAUUGAAGACGCUUAGGCUUGAGGAGAACUGUUUGCAGGCGAUUGCACUGACGCCGCGUAUCCUCAAGGACUCUAAGAUCUCUAAUCUAGCCGUCGAUGGUAAUCUGUUCAAUUCGAAACAAUUCACCGAUCUCGAUGGCUACGACGUCUACAUGGAGCGAUACACGGCGGUUAAGAAGAAGAUGUUCUAAAUGUUAUAUUUUUCUAUAUAUAUUAUAUCAUAUUCCAUAAUUAAUUUAUUAGCUUAAACCGU